AUGGGAAGCCUUCGACCUGUUGUCAUUCCUCUCGCCCGAAAAGCCAGUUUUCAAGUAGCUGCUGCUUGCUUCUCGUCUAUUUCCGUACACAGAACACAUGCACCCUUCGCGUAUUACGAUGGUUCCACAGCCUCUCAACUGACCUCGUUCGAUGCCGCCCAUCUCCAUGGAGAGCUUAUGGGGCCUCUGUAUAGGGCAGCCUCGAUUUCCGAGGCCCAUUGCAAGGAAUCAGCGUACCAUGGGACAGAGGAGGCUGAACACCUUGGGGCUGGCCACAACGCCGAUGCUAGAGCAGGCUCUUCUUCGGUACCGUCUGGAUCGACUUCCAGACAGAACAAUGAAAGUCAUUGA